GGUAGCUGGCCGGGUCCGGGCGACGGUGAUGGCGGGGGACGCGGGCGGGCGGCGCUGCCCGGACUCGGAGCUGCUGCUGCACCCGGAGUUGCUGUCCCGGGAGUUCCUGCUGCUCACGCUGGAGCAGAAGAACAUAGCUGUUGAAAGUGAUGUAAGAAUAAACAAAGACAAUCUUACUGAUCUGUAUGUUCAGCAUGCAAUACCAUUGCCUCAGAGAGAUUUGCCAAAGAAUAGAUGGGGGAAAAUGAUGGAAAAGAAAAGAGAGCAACAUGAGCCAAAAAACGAGACUAAAAGGAGUAGCACUGUAGACGUGUCAAAGAAAAGACCUCUCAUUGUGUUUGAUGGAAGUUCAACAAGCACAAGCAUAAAAGUGAGAAAGACAGAGAAUGGGGAUAAUGAUCGACUCAAGCCUCCCUCUCAGGCAAGCUUUACCAGUAAUGCCUUUCGAAAAUUAUCAAGUUCCUCUUCAAGUGUGUCACCCCUAAUUUUGUCUUCCAAUUUGCCUAUGAACAAUAAAAUGGAACACAAUAAUAAUGACACUAAACAGAACCAUGACUUAGCGCAUGGGAAAAGUCCUUUGGGCCCCGCGAAGCUGCCGCCUUUGUCCCCAGUGGGAACUACUCCAGUGAAGCUAAAGCGAGCUGCUCCGAAAGAAGAAGCCGAGGCCGCGGAUAACCUGAAGCCACCAGAAACAAAGAGGAAGAUACAACACGUUACAUGGCCAUGAAGGAAAGUUUCCAAAAAUAGCCUAAGCUUCAGGCUUGGUCACAGCGUGGCCCUGCUCAUUCACUGCGGUGGAGCUGGACCGACCCGUCCUCGUGCGGGGAGGUCGGGCUGCUGCGAGGGCUCUGAGAGUGCUGGGGCCUCCGGGGCUGUCGGCUGCAGUUGUCCAGACGCUCAGCAGCCAGGCCCUUUGGGAAGCUGGUUCACCCUCUGCCAUGAGGCCAUAGUGCUUUUGCUAGUACUAAAGUUCCUCAGAAUUGUAAUUAUUUUUUGAAGUAAUAUUUUGGUUGCUUAAGUUUUCAGAGACAAUUCUAAACUGAUCUAGAGACUCAUUCAGCAGCAAUGACCUUUUUAAAACUUACAUUAAGUAAACUGCCAGUAGCUUAAAUCACAUGUAUGUCAGAGCCUCCUCUGUUCUCUACUGUGGGACUUCAAAUGUUUUUAAGUGUGCUCUUUAUUAAAUGCUCGUGCAGGUUUUGUAAUUCAGUACAGAAAGUUUAACCUUGUAAUGUACAUUUUUUUGUAUGUAAAAAGUCUUUUAAGUAGCCUUAUCCUUAUUUAAAUAAACUGAAUAAAAUUA